AUGCGGGAACGUUUCGGAGAAAAUAGCAGGGUUUUAUUAAUUACGCCUUUAUCUGAAAGUGAUAAACGAAAAAGAAAGAAAAAGGAUGUGGAUGCUGCAGAAGAAGGUACAGUAAUUGAGCAAAAUACAGGGAUUGAGGAUAAUGACAUUGUAACUCCCAAAAAGAAAAAGAAACACCAAAAAGAAGUGGCUGAACUGAGUCAGGACGGUCUUUCUGACACACUAAAACAUGAUAAGGAUAAUUUGUCAGUAAAUGGUACAUUAGAAGAAGAAUCACCUAGAAAAAGUAAGAAGAAACAUAAAAAAGAAAAGAGGAAGAUAACUGAGGAAGAUGUAAGUUUAGUUAAUGGUGCGUUAGAUAUAGACGACAGUAUUGCUUCAUUGACGUCUUGUGAACCGUUAUUUACUAGCACACAGGUUGACGACGUCAAUAAUAACGAGGGAGGUAAAAAGAAGAGCAAGAAGCACAAAAAGAAACAUAAAGUUUUAAAUGAUACAAACGAUAGUGAAAUUGAUCCUGAUAGUUUACUUCAGAGCGACAGUCUUGAUCCUACAACCGAGUGUUCAAUUAAUGAAAGUGAAUUGACAGAUUCUAAACAUGAAAUUGAAAAUAAGCAUAAGAAAUCCAGGAAGAGAACUCAUGGGGAGAGUAAUUUUACAUUAAUAAAAGAAAAGAUUGUUAAACAGGAUUUGGACUUUGCUGAACCAAGUCCGAUAAAGAAACUAAAAAAGCAAAAAAAAGUUGUGGAAAUAGACAUGGACAGUUCAGCAGAUUUUGAAGACACUUCUAAAAGCAUUUAUUUUGCGAUCAAGUUCCUGGAAGAAAAGGGCGCUGUCCUCGGAGCUCUAGUUUGCAUAUUUUGA